GUUCGUUUAUUCAGUUUAUUGCUCGUUUAUUGUUGUUCAGACUGAAAAAAGUUGAUAUUUCGAACUCUUUUUACAAAAUAUAUUCACAAAUAUUAGUUCGUUCAAUUUUCAUUGUGAAUUUCCUGUUUCACUCCUGGUUCCAGGUUCCUACUGACAGUGCGCGGUUCCAGUCGUCAGAUUUCAUAUUCUCAGCCAUGCCAUCAUCAGCAGUCCACAUGAUCUUGGUAUUGAAUCCACUUUCAAUAAAGAUGUCCAUUCUGAAAUGGUAAAAGCACGAGCAGUUUUGUGGAGACAGUCCUGUUGUCGGGAUUUCUAUCGUCCCUGUUUUUACUACACAAAUUUUUCUGAGGAAACAUGGAAAAACCAUCUGGAUGUGAUUCCCAACAGAAGAAAAAUAUUAUCAAGGCCAAACCUUCUAAAUGUGAAAUUUGUAAUGUUCGGGACCCGAAGGUUGUGCACAGUACUGAAAAGCUCCAUGGGUGUGAAAUUUGCAAAAGGAAGUUUACGAGGAAAAAGAACUUUAAUGUGCGCAAAAAGUUACUCACUGGUGAAAAGCUUCACGAAUGUAGAAUUUGUAAGAAAGAUUUUAAGACGAAAGAGAAGUUGGACGAGCACAAAAAGUUGAUGCACACUGGUAAAAAAUUUGAUAAGCCUCACGAGUGUGAAAUUUGCAAGAAGAAGUUUACGAGGAAAUGGAAAUUGAACGCUCACAAAAACUCACACACUGGUGAAAAGCCUCACGAAUGCGAAAUUUGCAAAAAGAAGUUUACUUUGAAAGGGAACUUGAUCAAGCACACAAAGUUGCAUACUGGGGAAAAACCUUUUGAGUGUGAGAUUUGCAAAAAUAAGUUUUCGACGAAAGGGGGUUUGAACGAGCACAAAAAGUUGCACGCUGGUGAAAAGCCUCACAGGUGUGAAAUUUGCCAGAAACAGUUUACCGCGAAAAAGACCUUGACCGAGCACAAAAAAUUGCACACCGGUGAAACACCUUUCGAGUGUGAAAUCUGCAAUAGAAAAUUCCUAACUAAGAGAUAUUUGACCAGGCACAGUGUUUCGCACACCAGAGGAGAGCCUUUCGAAUGUCAAAUUUGUCACAGGAAGUAUAGAGUGAAACGAUACUUGAUAGAACACCAAAAGUGGCACACUGGUGCAAAUCUUUUCAAGUGUGAAUUUUGCAGAAAGAAAUUUUUGACGAUGAGAUACUUGACUGAGCACAUGCAUUCUCACAGCGGUGAAAAACCUUUCGAAUGUGGAAUCUGUCAUAAAAAGUUUACCGCGAAACGGAACUUGGACGAACAUGAAAAAUUGCACACCGGUGGAAAUUCUUUCGAGUGUAAAAUCUGCAAAAGGAAAUUCAUAACCAAGAGAUACCUGAACAAGCACUGUAUUUUGCACACCGAUGAUAAACCUUUCGGAUGUGAAAUUUGUUGCAAACAGUUCACUUCAAAAUGGACUUUGGGCAAGCACAAAAAUUUGCACACUAGUCACAACGGUGAAAAUUCUUCUGAAUGCGAUAUUCCCGCUGGAAAGUCUUCUAAUGAAGACGUUUCGGCUGUGCAAAAGGAAACACACCAAGUGAAAAUUGAACUAGAUAGUGGUGUUGUCAAACAGGAAUUCAAGAUAGAAUUCGAAUACAAUGAUCUACAAGCAGACCAUCCAGAACUCUUAGAAAUAAAACAAGAAUGUAAUUGA